GUGCUGCUGUCGUUGUCUCAAGCAGGACAUAAUGUGAUCCCUGCUAGCACUGCAGAAUCCGCAACACGCUUAUACUAGCAACCGUAGCUAGAAGAUAGGACAAUCGGCACUGUGAUAUCCUAACAGGCUCGGUCACAUGCAGUCAUUUAGUGUCCUGAGAGCUUCCUGUUCAUGGGCAGCAUGGAGGAACCUGUAGAGGAGUACAAGUCUCCGUUCAACUUUGAGCAGGGAGUGAACACCAGCUACCUCUACCUGUCACCUGAAGAGAGUUUCACUCCACCUGGUUCACCGGUACUGCUGCUCAGAGGGCCCAAGAGUCCAGACAUCUUCCCAGAAGUAGGCGAAGAUGCAGUGAAUGCGGUGCCCAGUUCACUAACUGAGGAAGAACAAGCAGAACUCCACAGUGAACUAGCAAAGGUGGAAGAUGAGAUCCAGACUCUUUCUCAGGUGCUGGCGGCCAAAGAGAAGCAGGUGGCGGAGAUCAAGCGGAAAUUGGGCAUCACUCCACUCAACGAGUUCAAACAGAACCUGAGCAAAGGCUGGCAUGAAGUCACCACCUCCACUGCGUAUAAGAAGACCUCAGAGACCCUGUCCCAAGUGGGUCAGAAGGCGACGACAGCGUUCUCCAGUGUGGGUUCAGCCAUUAGCAGAAAGCUAGAGGACGUGAGAUUACAGUCAUUUUCCAAUUCUUUUGGUAUACGCUCCAUACAGCAUUCGGCUAGCAUGCCGGUGAUGAGAAACACACCCACCUUCAAGUCAUUUGAGGAGAAAGUGGAAACCAUAAAGACCAAGAUGAACCCGACACCAUCAACGGGCGAUACCGAAGAGGUUUCAGACUCCACACCUGACGGAAAGCCAGUGGUUGAUCAGCCAGAGGGAACGUGUCCACCAGAUCAAAAACCGCACUGAGGAUCCACCCUCAAAUGCUCCCCACUUCUUUCUUUUUACCUCCUCUCCCCCUUUUUCAUUCCACUGUGGUA